ACAAACUCAAACUCGAAAUCUUGGGUGAGUUUUCUAUCAACUAGUCUCCUGUCGCUCUUCUCGGCUUUCCCGCAAACCAAACGGAGUGAACGGCGCGCACUUCAUGGAGCUUGGAGCUGCUUCUAGGGUUUUGAAGAAUAGCCACCAGCUGUGGUGUUCGAGCCCUCUCCUAAACCAUCGCGCAUCGAGAAACCCUUCAAGCUCGAAUCAGCUUGCAAAUGCUUCAUUUCACAUUUCCACAACUCAUUAUUCUUGCAGAGGCUUCACUUGCAAAGCCGCCCUAAAAGAUAUCAAUCUCACCGCAGAGAAGGUUAAGAUGAUGUCAGGAGAAAAUGCCAGUGAUUUUGAGCUCUCAAGUUUAACUGCUUUAUCGCCUUUGGAUGGUCGUUAUUGGGGUAAAGUGAAGGAUUUGGCUCCCUUUAUGAGUGAAUAUGGCCUUAUUCGCUUCCGAGUUCUAGUUGAGAUCAAAUGGUUAUUGAAGCUUGCACAAAUUCCUGAAAUCACUGAAGUUCCAAGCUUCAGUGAAGAAGCGCAGUCCUAUUUGCAAGGACUGAUUGAUGGGUUUAGCAUGAGUGAUGCUGUGGAAGUUAAAAGUAUUGAGAAAGUGACUAACCAUGAUGUGAAAGCAGUGGAGUACUUCUUAAAAAAGAGAUGCCAGACACAUGCAGAGAUUGCCAAGGUGCUUGAGUUUUUUCAUUUUGCUUGCACAUCAGAGGACAUCAACAACCUUGCCCAUGCAUUGAUGUUGAAAGAAGCCAUAAAUGUAGUCAUAUUUCCUGUCAUGGAUGAAUUGAUUAAGGCAAUUUGUAACAUGGCUAAAGAUAAUGCCCACAUUCCCAUGCUUUCUCGCACUCAUGGGCAGCCUGCUUCACCAACAACUUUGGGAAAAGAAAUGGCAAUUUUCGCUGUUAGGUUAAGCAGAGAGAGGCGGGAAAUUUCUCUAGUUGGAAUAAUGGGGAAGUUUGCUGGUGCAGUUGGAAAUUACAAUGCCCAUCUUGUUGCAUAUCCUGAUAUUGAUUGGCCUCAGAUUGCAGAAGAGUUUGUUGAGUCUCUUGGAUUAAGUUUCAAUCCCUACGUGACUCAGAUUGAAACUCACGACUAUAUGGCAAAACUUUUCCAUGUAAUUAUCCAGUUCAACAAUAUAUUGAUUGAUUUUGAUAGAGAUCUAUGGGGGUAUAUAUCUUUGGGUUACUUCAAGCAGAUAACUAAGGCUGGUGAGAUUGGAUCUUCCACUAUGCCUCACAAAGUGAAUCCUAUUGAUUUUGAGAAUAGUGAAGGGAAUCUUGGAAAGGCUAAUGGAGGUUUGUCUCAUCUUAGCAUGAAGCUGCCUAUUUCACGUUGGCAGCGUGAUUUGACAGAUUCAACAGUUUUGAGAAACAUGGGUGAAGGAUUAGGGCAUUCUCUUCUUGCCUACAAAAGUGCAUUACAGGGGAUUGCAAAGCUUCAGGUUAAUGAAGCUUGCUUGAGGGAGGACUUGAACCAGACGUGGGAGGUUCUUGCUGAACCAAUCCAGACAGUGAUGCGGAGGUAUGGUGUUCCAGAGCCUUACGAGAAGUUGAAGGAGCUGACAAGAGGUCGAGCAGUUACCAGAGAGAGUAUAAGAGAAUUCAUCGAAGGCUUGGAAUUACCAGAAGCAGCAAAGACCAAUCUUUUGAAGCUAACUCCCCAUACCUAUGUUGGAGCGGCCGUUGAAUUGGCCCAAACAGUAGAUCUGGCGGUGAAUUUGGUGAAUGGUACAAAACAAUAGUUAAAAGAAUAUCCAAGCAAAAUAUCAAACAAGAAAUAGAUGCUAGAGGAUUUCCUGGCAAUUUGCUUUUUUGUGCUUGAAGAUUGAAAUUGCCCCACCUCACAAAACCAUGGUUAGAUCAGGAGAGAGACUUUGCCAAAAGAGGCGAAAGAAAAAGGACAUUGUUUUUACCCAUAAGAAAAUGUGGUAAUGGGGAGAGUAAUUGUAUCCCAUAUGUUUGGAAUUUGGAUGAAAUGUGUUGAAGUUUUGUAAUAAAGUCUCCCGCUGUUUAUAUAUUAUUAUUCA